CGUAGAGAAGGUGGGGCUUUGACGCAGUGCUGCUCCUGUGAACAUUCACUGCUGGCUGCAUGCGCAGAGAAUAGGCGGAGACACACGAGGAAAGACCACAGCAGCCGCCACUGCCCUUCUUUCAUUCCAACUCACUGGAUAUGUCUUAGAUUUUUCUCUCUCAAUGUGGCAUCAAAGGACGCGCUGGCGGAAUUGCCAGCCUCGCGCACUGGGCUGAUGCGAGUUUUAAUGCGCGCGUGUGGUUUUUAUCCUGCGGUCGAUAGCGCAGAUAAAGAGGAUGCGUGAAAGAACGCAGCCCAGCCCUGUUUUCCUGAAUGCGAUUGAACGGAACUGCAUAUUUUCGGAUAAAGAUGAAAUCGGCAUUGUCUAAAUGUUGGUUUCAUCCGGAUUUUUGGGCGGAGUACACGAAUCGAUGAAGCAAGUUAAAGCGACACUAUGCUGCCGAAGUGAUUGAUCACUGUGCUCAAUGAGAACAAGGAGGAGCACGGCUUCGAUACGAUGGCUGAGGAGAAUAACCUGAAGACAGCUAGAUUAUGGAGGGAUGCUGCUUUGCGCUCCAGGAAGCUGAGGAGCAAUCUGAGACAGCUGACUCUCAGCACCAAAAACUGCCAGGAAAUUACAUUACCCGAGGACAUAAAGGAGAUCGAGGUCCUCAAUCUGGGCAACAACUCCCUUCAAGAGCUUCCAGAGGGACUGGGCUCAACCCUAACCAGACUUCGCAUCCUCAUUCUUCGAAGGAACAAGUUCGCAACAGUCCCCACUGCAGUAUUUCAACUUAGUCAGCUGGUUGAAUUAGAUAUCAGUCACAACUGCUUGAACCACUUUUCAGAAGAUAUUGAUCUUCUCAAGGGGCUUAAAAAGUUGUGCAUCUGUCAUAACAAAAUCCAAGACCUGCCAACUCAGAUUGGGACUUUGCAAAGUCUGGAGGAGCUUGACAUCAGCUUCAAUGAGCUGCAUGACUUCCCCAGGACCUUUUCACAACUCAGGAAGCUCAGAACGCUCGAUGUGGAUCAUAACAAGCUACAGCGUUUCCCUUCUGAAAUACUUGCCCUUACUGAUCUGGAGGAGCUUGACUGCUCUGGAAAUAAACUAGAAGGUCUUCCGGGAAACAUCAUGAUGCUCCAAUCUAUUAAAAUCUUGUGGCUCAGCAGCACUCACCUCUCGUUUUUGCCUGAAACAUUUUGUGAGCUGCAGAACUUGGAGAGCCUGAUGCUUGAUAAUAAUUUCCUCACCAGCCUGCCGCAGUCGUUUGGGAAACUGCAGAAACUGAAAAUGCUCAAUCUCUCCUCAAAUUUUUAUGAACAUUUUCCUCAGGUUAUCAUCAAACUCACCAGUUUGGAGGAGUUGUAUUUAAGCCGGAAUAAACUGACAUUCCUCCCUGAGGAGAUAGGACAGCUGUGCAAUCUUGCUAAUUUGUGGUUGGACAAUAAUAGCAUAACGUUUCUCCCUGACUCUAUUGUAGAGCUAGGGAGAUUGGAAGAGCUGGUUUUACAGGGUAACCAAAUUGCCAUCCUCCCAGACAAUUUUGGAAAACUUGCCAAAGUCAACAUCUGGAAGGUGAAGGAUAAUCCUCUCAUUCAGCCUCCGUAUGAAGUGUGCAUGAAGGGGAUCCCCUACAUAGCUGCCUAUCAGAAGGAGCUUGCACAUUCCCAGCCUGCUGUAAAACCCAGGCUUAAACUGGUUUUGAUGGGCCAGAGAAAUGCAGGAAAAACCACACUCAGGCAGUGCAUUGCCAACAAACCGUCAGAUGCCAAGAUGGCAAUUGGAUGUAGGGGUAUUGACGUGACAAACUGGGUAGCGGAUGCAGAUCGGAGUCUUACAUUCAUUGUAUAUGAUUUAUCUGGUAAGCAGAACUAUGAUCUUAUCAAACCCUUUUUCUUGUCUCCUGGAGCACUUUAUGUUUUGGUGGUGAAUCUGAAUUUGUAUACAUCAAAGAGCUUCUAUUCCCAUGUUGGCAGUUUCCUCCACCUGCUCAGUGCUAAGGUGCCACACGCAGUUGUGUGCAUUGUAGGCACCCACAGUGACUUAUGUGAAGAGGUUGAGGCUGAAGAAAAGUGCCUGGAUAUUCACAGACAGAUUUCGCUUCAGGAAAAAACGGACACUGAAUGCCUACAAGUGCUUGCCCUGCAGGUUGACGAAGCCCUUGAGCAAGGUUAUGAUGUUCGGACUUCUAGCCCCCAUGUUCUGUUUUAUGGGGUCACAGAUAAAAACUUACAACGUAAAAAGUCUCAGUUGCAAUACAUGCUCAACAAUCGACUACAAAUCCUCUCUCCGGUGAUUUGCGUCAGCUGCAUGGUGGCUCAAAGAAACAUCCAGCAUUUGAAAGAGAAGCUCAUGUCUGUCGCAGAUCACAGGGAGAUUUUCCCCAAUCUUCACAGAGUCCUGCCAAAGUCAUGGCAGAUGCUUGAGGAACUGCAUUUUAAGCCACAGGAUUUAUGGCUUUCCUGGUGGGAUUCGGCCCGGUUUGGCCUUCAGGCUGGGCUGACGGAGGACCGCCUGCAAAGCGCGCUCUCGUACCUACAUGAGAGCGGUAAACUUUUGUACUUUGAAGACAGCUUGGCGUUGAAGGAAUACGUCUUCCACAAUCUACCCCGGUUUAUCGCCAUCUUGAAUGUGUUGUUUCAGAGAGACCUCGCUGCAAUGCUUGAGAAACUACAGGCUGAAGGAGACGAUGGAGAUGGCGUCAGGUCUAUGGAGAUGCACGGCCACGUGGAGGGGUUUCUGUUGCACGGUUUGCUGCCAUCAAAUGUGAUUCGAUUGCUGCUUAAGCCCCUGGUCCAGACACAGAAGGACUUGCACCUGAUCAUGGAACUGCUGGAAAAGAUGGGCGUCUGCUACUGUGUCAACAAACCUCGCAGCAAGCCGCUUAAUGGGGCCACCGUCUGGUAUAAAUUUCCCAGUCAGGUCAGCAAUGAGGAGCCCCAUCCUGAGGUGUCGGCCAGCGGGGGCUCGUCGAUCCCUGGUCAGUUCUUCUCAGUUGAGCAGCUGCAGAUUGAAUACAGGUUUCCUUUCUCCACCCCUCUUGGACUUUUUGCACGUUAUAGCGUGCAAAUAAACAGCCACGUGGUGCAACGGUCUGAUGGAAAGCAUCAUAUCUUUGCCUAUCGGGGUAAAGUGCCUGUGAUGGUGAGUUACCGGCCCUCAAGGAGCAGAUUGCAGCCUGAGACCCUCUCCAUUUCCAGCCAUGCAUCCUUGCCAAAUAUCUGGACAGCUUGGCAAGCGAUUAUUCCCUUAGUGGAAGAGUUCAAUGUUCUUCUGCAGGAAUGGCCUGGCCUUCACUACUCUGUGCAUGUCCUGUGUUCCAAGUGCCUGAAGAGAGGAUCCCCCAAUCCACAUUCCUUUCCAGGUGAGCUGUUAACCCAGCCCCGACCUGAGGGACUCACUGAGAUCAUCUGCCCCAAGAAUGGCUCGGAGCGGGUCAACGUGGCACUAGUUUACCCUCCAACCCCAACUGUGGUCAGCCCCAGUCAUAAAUCACAUUGACUUGACUUACCUGCCUGUGAAUGGCCUCCACAAACCACUGCACCUCUUUUCCCUAUAUCUUAUAUCAGACAUGUAUACACAAGUCUAUGUGUGUUUGUGUGUGUGCAAAAGUCUGCACCCUGCUUUCUUGUUGCCUCUGUCCUUCAUCCCACAUCUGAGGGUUGAUGGACCACCAGAUACCCGACACGUGCAAAGAAGGUUCAUAAUAGAAGCUUGCCAUUGGAGGCCAUCAUAUCAGGACAUACUUACAGGUGUUCAGCUCUGACUGCCAACACACGAUAACCUGAAAGUAUUAGAAACUGUUGCACUGACAUCCUGGUUUUUUUUUUCUUCUAUGUACACCUAAAGCUUUUUCAGUCACCCUGAGCCUUCCACGAUGAUUUAAGCCUUUCAGUUCAACGUGAGAUCGGACGUUUCUCUUCAAGUUCUUGGAAGUUCCCAUUUGUUGCAUCUUGUGCUGCUGGGGGCCGAGUGGUUAAGCUGACAGAGAAUGGAAGCGAAAGGACACUGUUUCCCCUCAGACAUAAGACAGACUUUGAUUAGCGAGGUUAGAUGUUAGACUGAUGCUUGAAAUGAUGUUGUAUUUUAAA